AUUGGGCCAACUGGAGGUGGGCAACUUCCACACAUCGCAAGAACAUUACCAUUGACACCUCCCUUUUGCCCCUUUUUCUUUAACAAAACACUUUUCGACGACCAUUCCUCUGCCGGGACCCUGGCCGACACAUAUUCUCACGACUUGUCCGUUUAGCUUUCGCUCGUGUAUAUCUUCGAACGCCGCCAUAUACCAUCAUUUCUUACGAUUUAUCGGUCCACCGCUCCCCCGAAGUGGCGGUCCUUAAGCGAUAAUGUCUAACUUAUUUUCUGGGAUAAACGCUCGAUUGAGGGGGACUUCGGCCAAAGCCCCAGGUCAGAACAGAAGCCCCGUUUCAACAAGCAGCGGUCAACCCACCUCUCCCACCAACCUCUCUCAAGGCAGCCAGUCAUCCAUAAGCCUAGCACCAAAGAUCCCUCCGCUCCCAAGCUCACCAUCCUUAGCUCAGAAUAUCGGCAUGGAUGACGCCGGCAACGCGGGAGCCAACGGGGAUGACGUUCUCAAUUCCUACCACCUUCCCCGGCCUCUACCCUUAUGGCUCAACGCCCAGUACGCGAAGCACAUCGUGAAGGGUAAUUUUAUGACCCUGAGCGCGCGACCCAAGACGGUAGAACAAGGAGAGUGGAUUGCCCACCAAGUGGUCGAACACUACCGGAACCUAUGGAAUUUCGUUCGAGUCAUUCACGAGAAAGAAGACGAUGGAAGUACGAUUUGCAAUCCUCAGACUUGCCCUCGGAUGUCGGCUGGCGCGAACCAUUCGUUCACAUGGCUAAAUUACAAACGGGAGCCUGUUGAGUUACCAGCCUAUGAGUAUAUCACGCUUAUGCAGCGGUGGAUUUCCGGCAAGAUCGACGACACCAACAUUUUCCCUACCGAUACUAACGGUGUUUCCUACGCCCACAACUCAUCCAUUACCACCGCUCCUCUUUCGCAGUUGACUAGCCCCGAAGACAAGGAUUGGAUCGGAAAGCCUAGUGGGUUCCCCGAGAAUUUCGUGGAGGUCUGCCAGACUAUCUUCAGACAGAUGUUCCGAGUUUACGCUCAUCUAUACUGGGCUCACUUCAUUGACCCCUUCUACCACCUGAAUCUCGAGAAGCAAUUGAACAGUUGCUUCAGUCACUUUGUGCUGACAGCGUGUGCCUUGGAUAUGCUCAAACCGCAGGAACUAGAGCCAAUGCAGCCACUAAUCGACCUCUGGGCUAGCAAUGGCACCUUCCCGCCCGGUUCCAAGGCGUACGAUUAUGCCAACCACAAGGCCGGCGAACGACUUAUGCAACUUGCGAACGUCGCAUAGAAAGCGCCUCGCAAUGUUGCUGUUCGGCGAUAGUCUUCAUGCUAGCGCCCAGAAUCGCGGUAGUUUGGGAGGAUACGUCGUGGAUUGUAUCUAAGUCGUUCUUUACGAGCGAGAUUUGGCUAAAGAAAUAAGACAGGAAAGAAAAUGAGAAAUCCGGCAGCAUGGAAUCUUUUCAGAAGCAAACGCACACAUUCUGAGAACGGAGAGCAGGCAUAAUCGGCGUUUUACUUGACGUACGUUGAUUUCGACCGGGAAAGAGACAGUCCGGUGUGUUUUGUUGUUAUGGCGGUAUUUUGCAGUCACGUUCGUAUCAAACGACGUCCGACUUUCUGCGAUUUGAGGGGAGAGUCCCAUAGCAUGGUAGACCUACUACUUACUUCUUAGAAUGGAAAGAAGAUACUAGACAGCCCUGGAGGAUUUUCUGUGCUUCGGACGUGAUUCUUCUAGGUGAUUUUUACAGCGAUAAAGCUUACAUACUGUAGGGGAUACAGUGGGCUGAUGAGCUGAAUUGCCCCGCAGCAUCACACCCAUAGUCAAAGCGUUAGGGAUUCAGGCGCAGUGAGAAAGCCUCGUCAUCCUCCAGAU